AUGUGGGACUUCCCAGCCCUCCCACUGCUGGUCAACCUGGGCGUCUCGCUGCUGGGCCUGGUGGCCAUGCUGACCCUCAUCCCGGCCUUCUGGGGACACUUCAUGACCGCUCGCCUCUGUGGGCUGGACCUCAACAAGACUGGCAAGCAGCAGAUCCCUGAAUCUCAGGGGGUCAUCAAUGGUGCCGUCUUCCUCAUCAUCCUCUUCUGCUUCAUCCCUGUCCCCUUCCUGAGUUGCUUCUUGAAGGAACAGUGCAAAGCGUUUCCCCACCAUGAGUUUGUGGCCCUGAUCGGUGCCCUCCUUGCCAUCUGCUGCAUGAUCUUCCUGGGCUUCGCAGAUGAUGUGCUGAACCUGCGCUGGUGCCAUAAACUGCUCCUGCCCACGGCCGCCUCCCUGCCCCUGCUAAUGGUUUACUUCACCAACUUUGGCAACACCACCAUCGUGGUGCCCAAGCCCUUCCGCCCCCUGCUCGGCCUCCACCUUGACUUGGGGAUCCUGUACUAUGUCUACAUGGGCCUGCUGGCUGUGUUCUGCACCAACGCCAUCAACAUCCUGGCGAGCAUCAACGGGCUGGAGGCGGGCCAGACCCUGGUCAUCUCGGCCUCCAUCAUCCUCUUCAACCUCGUGGCGCUUGGAGUUAUCUUUCAAGAGUCUUCAGCAUUCCGAGUUGUCGGCUGCAGGGAAGAUGAAUAUUCCCAUAAUGGAAUGGAAGAUUCUCAAUUCGAGUUGGCCUUCUGCCCUGCCCGAGAUCUUCCUGCUGUGAGGGAGUUGAGGAGAAUAGAAAUCAUUGAAUCUGACAGUCGGGAAGAUUCUCAAUGA